AGUGUCAUGGCAGCCUACGCAGCUGAUGAAACGUGGCUGUAAUGUUUUGAUGCGAACAAUGUGCAUUUAAGGCGAAGAUAUACACACUAAAGCAGGUAUCCUGUGUGUGGGGCAGUGUAUGGGGCAGUCAUGGAGGAGGUGGCGCUGCAAGGGCUGGACCCCCAGGUCAACGAUCCCGCAGCUAGGGCUCUCACGUUGCAGUAUUUUGAGCAGCUGAAAGCCUCAGAAGAUGGCUGGAGACUUUGUGCUGCUUCUCUCACCUCCGGGAGAUAUCACAGCAACGAUCACAUUCAGUUCUUUUGUUAUCAAGUUAUUGAACAUUUCCUGAAAACAAGCUAUGUCAGCGCCAGCCCUGUUGUUCAACGAGAGUGCAAGACCUUCCUGAUGACUGUGCUACAGUUACAGAGCCAAGACACCACAAAGAAUAAAACCUUUCUGCGUAACAAGGUUGCCCAGGUUCUGUCCUUGGCGUUUGUCUGUGACUAUCCUCAGCGCUGGCCGAGCUUCUUCCAGGAUUUACUUCAGUUGCUGAGCAUGGGGCCUCUGGCUGUGGAUAUGUACCUGAAGGUUCUGGUUGCAAUCGACAGUGAGGUGGUUGACAGAGAUAUUGUCCACACACAGCAGGAGACAGAGAGGAACACCAUGAUUAAGGACACCAUGAGGGUAGACUGUGUGGCACAGCUGGUGGAUUCCUGGUACCAGAUCAUUACAGGUUAUGAGUCGUCCAACCCAGAGACUGUAUGUCUGUGCCUAGAUAUAAUAGGGAAAUACGUAUCAUGGAUUGACAUUAACAUGAUAGCCAACAACAAGUUUGUGGAGGUGCUAAUUCGUUUCAUGCGCAUGAACCUCCUGCGAGAGAGUGCGUGCGACUGUAUUCACGAGAUCAUCAGUAAGGGCAUGGACCCAGUAGCCAAGACGAAGUUGAUAGAGUCCUUUACUAAUGUGCUGGAUAGUGCUGGUGUGAUACACCCCACAGAGGACGAGGAAGGAGAUUUUGUGGCCAAGUUGUCCAAGCUGGUUAAUGGGAUGGGUCUGCAGCUCAUACAGGCCUGGCAAAAGUUGGUCAAGGCGGGGGAUAGUGCCAGUUCUAAUGUCACUAUGCAAGCUUUUGAACAUAAGGUGCCAUUAAUGUUCCGUUUCCUUGGUGACGAGGACGAUGAUGUGUCCGGGGCCAUAAUAACAUUUGCACACGACUACAUCUCCGUGUUGAAACAAGUGAAGACUUUGUCAGAAAAACAGAGACAGAAUAUUGAGGGACUGCUGUUUGUUGUUGUGAAGAAAUUGAAAUAUGAUGAAUCAUACAACUUUGAUCAAGAGGGAGAGGAAGAAGCAAUGUUUCAAGAAUACAGAAAACAGUUAAAAACCAUCUUCAAUAAUCUUGCUCAACUGGAUAACCAGCUGAUAGUGGCGGCAGUUCACAGUUUGGUAGCCAGCACUCUUCAGAACUGGAGGAACAUGGAGCACCAGGAAGUGGAGGUCGCCAUCUAUCUGUUGUAUAUUUUAGGAGAAACUAUCCCUCCCACUCAGGGACCGCAAUUCAGAGAUGCUAGUCAGUCCAAAACUACGGCGCUCCAAGAAAUGAUGAGACUGCUUGUCACCUGUGGUGUAAGUCACACCCCCCAUACAGCUGUCACCCUGCAGAUGUUUGAAACCAUCGUCAGAUAUGAGAAAUUCUUCCUGUCUGAGCCACAGCAUAUCCCUGCGAUACUGACUGCAUUUUUGGAUGAGAGAGGUCUGCACAACAAGUCCAAGUCUGUCAGGAGCAGAGUAUCCUAUCUAUUUUCUAGAUUCAUCAAGGGAAUUAGGGCACAUGUCCAGAGCUAUGAGAAUGUCCAGGAGAUCCUGACCCGGAUAGCUGAUCUGCUGGUCCUGAACACUCCAGACAAUGGUCUGCAAAUUUCCUUGACCAGUGUGGACAAGCUGUUCAUGUAUGAGACGGCCGGGACAGUGAUAGUCUCGGGUUAUUUCCCACCAGAGAAAAAGGCAGAGUUGAUGAAGGCCCUUCUAGCCCCCAUCGUCAGCAAGUUUGACAGUAUUUACUCCAAAAUGUGUGCAGAGACGGAUGAAACAAAACAGUUUGGCUUUGCCCAGUCUCUAAGCCAUGCUAUGAAUUUUGCAAGUCGUGCCAGUAAAGCCUUCUCCAACCAGCAAACAAUGCGACAGUGCAGCUGUGUCGAACCGUUCACAGAGACACUGCAGAUCUUCCUGCAUGUGCUGAACACCCCGUGUCAUCGCCAGCUGCUCCAGACGGGUGUGCGCCAGUACCUGCAUCGCAUGGUGGUCUGUCUAGAGAGUGAAAUUCUCCCCUACGUCCCCCUGGCUAUGGAGCAGCUGCUGAAAGACGCGGAGGCCAAAGAGUUGUACGACUUUCUGCCUCUCAUGAAUCAAGUGAUAUCCAAGUUCAAGAAAGAAAUUGUCCCCUUUCUCCAACAAAUCUUCAUGCCUGUGGUGACCACCAUCUUCCAAGCUCUCAACAAACCCUCGGACCAGUUGGAUCAGAUAGCGGCCGCGGAGAAGAAAUUACUGCACAAAGGAUACUUUGGUUUCAUCAGUACUAUUCUUAACCAAGAUGUAGCAGAAAUAUUAACUCUACAAGAGAGCCACAAUUUAUACAACAUACUGGUCACAGUUGUACAAGGUGCUGUGGACUUUCCUGAUCCUUCUGCACAAAAGUUGUGUUUUCAGAUUUUAAAGAAGACAAUAGAACUUUGGGGUGACCCUGGAAGCUUGUCGGGUUUUGAAGAUUUUAUUUACAAAAAUGUUGUCCCAGCUUGUUUUAUGGCCCCCAUGAAGAGCACGUUUGACCUGAAGGAUGCGCAGACUGUAUUGGCUUUAGGGGAAAGUGGAUUGGUGCUUAAGACUGUUUUGGAAAAAAGGGGUGAUGAGUUUGUUGUUUUCCUGCAAACCAAAUAUCUCCCAGAGGUCAAUAUGACUCCAGAAACUAUUCAGGAAUACACAGAAGCUUUGAAGUCGGACCCAAAAAUAUUCAAAUCAUAUUUAAAGGCAUUCUUUGCAAGGUUUAAAUCCUGACCGAGGCAGGGACACCUCUCCAUAAAGCCAUCAUGCAUUGUAUAUAGACCAUUGAUAAUCAUAUCAUCGUGCCAUAAGCCCAGUUCCAAGAUACAUGUUUAGGAACUCUAGGGACCUUUAAGUCAGUAGGAUUAUGUUACAUUCUGAUAGAACCUUCUGUAUGACCAUGGAGAUGCCAUUGGCCACAUCGAGUUUUGUUUACUUGGAUUGCUAGUUAAACUAGAACCGAGAUGUUCUUGCAAAAAAUUUUAUUUUGUGAUGGUUAAUUUAUUUUGAAAUGCCUUCAGAGGAAUUAGUGUCAUUUUAUUUUAUUUAUUUAUUUAUUUUUUAAUUUUUUUUUAGUGUUUGAGCCAUUUAGGGUCAUUCUUGAAUUGCUGAUCUUAAUAUUUAUUGUAGUCAUACAUAGCUAGAUGAAUUGAAGUAAAUUAAAACAUUGAUGUGUAUCAAAGGCAAAAGCUGUAGUAUUUUUAAAGAAUUCCGUAGAUCAGAAUAUAUUCAGGGUAAGGCUGAAAUUUCCUGUAUGAUAGUAAUCUUGGCUAUUUCACAUCGAAUAUGACUUGUUUCAGGGAACAAAGUGCCAGUAACUUCAGUUGGACAGAUUGAAAAAAAAUUCAGAUUUUUGUCGUUCGUUUUUCUACCAGAUAUUGAGCCAUAAAUUAUCAUGUGGCAGCAUGGCAUGAUAUUUAUGAUAAUAGCAAUGAUAUUUUGUUGAAAUUGGAUGCCUUUUGAGGAAUUGAAAGUAUGUAAAAUUUGAAUUUUUUCCAUCCACCUGAUGGAAAAGAAUUUUCAUAAGUAAUUUGUACUGAAAAAGAAACUAUAAUACUUGGAUAUCUAGCCUCAAGCUUUAUUUGGAGUUGAGAAAAAGUUAAAAUUCCAUUAAUUUAUUCUUUUACAUUAUUGUGUUGAUUUAAGACUGGUUUUAUUUUUCAGGAAUUUAAAUGUUUGAAACUUAACAUCUGAGACGAAGUAAUAGUGCUUUUGGUGUUUUUCACAAUUUUUUAAAAUCUGUUAUCUAGUUAAAGAAAAAGGAUAUUUCUUUACUUGUUUUAAGUAUCACAAUUGUCGGGUCAAAGCUUUUAAAGUUUUGUGUUGUCAGAUAUACUAUUGUCAUUGAAGUUUUCUUUGUUAAAAUAAGAUCACACAAUUUGUUUCAUUGGCUUUUUAAAAGUAUUUAUCACUGAGAAUUUUCCCCUUCAGAGCAGAGUUGUUGACUCUCUUUUUAAUUUUCAAGGUGCAAUAAAAUACAUCAGGUGGGAGGGGGUGUGGCAUGGCCUUUUCACUUCUGAAACACGAAUACUGCUGUAUGUAUUUAAAACGAUAUCCCAUUUGAAAUUCCCAACUGUCAUGUAAUAAGUCGAAGUGGUAACGAUAUCAGGUCCAGCAAAGACUCGUCGGCUGCUUUAUACAUUUUAAGUUAUAAUAUCGGUUUCUUCAAAUAUUCUUGGAAUAUUCGGAUAGUAGUAUCCCGGAUUUUAGUUGUUAUUUGAAGGAAAAAUUAUUGUAACAUUAACAAACAAGGUAUCCAGUUAGUAUAAGGAAGGAGGGGUUAUUGCUGUUUUUGGAUCAAUCACUGAACACGUGACCUUGCUCCAUAUUGUACUAUUAUUAUUAUUAAACGGCAAUCUGG